AUGCGAUGCCACCCAGAGCGGCAGUGGCGUGGGAUCACGCCGCCCCCGGCGCACUUCCGCCAGGGCGUUGCAGGCGCUCCAGUCGCCCCCUCCGGACAGUUCACGGUGCAGGAGCGCGAGGUCGCUUCCAGCCUCCUUAUGCUCUCCAGCGCGCGUCCCGGCGCUAGCAAGGGCAAGAAGGUCGUUAAUGCUGCUGCUAUUACUCCUAGCGGGAUGGAGAGCUGCGGCACAUCGGCGUCCGCGUCAGUGACGCCGGGGCCGGCCAACUGCGACGAACACAAGUGCAGCGUAUGCGACCGUGGGUUCGCCAGCGGACAGGCUCUUGGCGGGCAUAAGCGGUGCCACUGGGAUAGGGCCUGCUCGGGGGUGGUGGUGAUCGCCGCUGCCGGCAGCAGUGGGUCCCCAAUGUCGACCGAUGAGACGGCGAUUCUAGACCUCAACCUGCCGCCUCCUGGGCCACCUCCGGUGCGGACGAGCGACCAAGGCAGCAACCUGAAUGACAUGCUGGAUUUGAAGCUUGGGUACUACGGAUAA